AUGGCAACGGUCACUCAGUCGUCCAGCUUCAGCAUGGAUAAUAUCCUUUCUCGAACAUUCAAGCAGUCGUUCGACAACGAGCCACAAGUGGAACAGCAGCCAACAGUAGACACCCAGACGGCGGAUAUCUACAAACCAAACUACAAAGAAUGUGCCUCUGAGGUAUCCCCAACUUGUUCGGAAGACAAUUUCGUGACAAAAAUGACCGAUGACCCGGCAGGCGAUGGAGACGAGAAGCCACGAAAGAUCCGACGAUCACGGACCACGUUCACCACCUACCAAUUGCACCAACUGGAACGGGCGUUCGAAAAGACACAGUACCCAGAUGUUUUUACACGGGAACAGCUGGCGAUGAGACUGGACCUCAGCGAAGCUCGGGUUCAGGUAGCGGUUGACUUUUACCGUAAUCAGCGUAGAAUUACCUAA